AUUGAGUAAGAGGUUCGCAACGUGCUUUGUUUUUCCGAAGUUUUUCGUUAUUUUCCCGAAAAAUGUGCUCCGUAGAACAAAACCCAGUAUUCCGGGACCUCAGCGCUGAUGACCCGGACCCGGAAGUCACGGAGGUGGAGUCACUUUGCAUGAACUGCCACGCUAAUGGUGUAACACGCUUGCUGAUGACCCGGAUCCCGUACUACAAGAAUGUGGUGAUCAUGUCCUUCUCCUGCGAAGAGUGUGGCUACCAGAACAAUGAGAUCCAGCCGGGAGGAGCCUUCGCUGAGCUUGGAGUCAGAUGGAAGCUCCGCGUGGAACAGCCUGAGGACUUAAACCGACAGGUUGUGAAGAGCGACUACACCUGCGUCAGGAUACCUGAGCUGGACUUCGAGAUACCAGCGCAGAGUCAGAAAGGAGAAGUAACAACAGUAGAAGGCAUCAUCACCCGCGCCAUAGCGGGUCUCACUCAGGACCAAGCGUCCCGUCGGGCGGAGCACCCCGAAGCCGCGGCCCAGAUCGACGCCUUCAUGGCUCGCUUACAGAGCGCCCGGCAGUUGGACAAGCGGUGGACGCUAGAACUGGAGGAUGCUAGUGGCAACUGUUACAUCGAGAACCCAGCGGCCCCGCGCAAGGACCCGCGCUGCGAGCGCGUCGACUUCAAACGCACCAAGGACCAGGACCACAUGCUCGGCGUGUUCACCAGAGAGGAGGUAUCUGGUAACCCAGAUACAUCUCUCCUGACGCCCUGCGACCCGUCCGAGGCGUCUUACGAGCAAAUGAGUGCGGAGGAGGUGUUACAAUUCCCAACCAACUGUCCAGACUGCAACGCCCCGGCUACUACUAACAUGAAGCUCACUAAAAUUCCUCAUUUCAAAGAAGUGGUCAUCAUGGCAACCGUUUGUGACGCUUGUGGACAUCGCACUAACGAGGUGAAAUCCGGCGGUGGAAUAGAAGACAAAGGUGUGAGGUUCGAGGUGCGAGUGGCGAGCAAGGAGGACUUCUCCAGGGACGUUCUGAAGUCAGAAACGUGCAGUAUGGAGAUACCGGAGCUGGAUUUGGAAGUGGGCGGCCGGGCGCUCGGCGGGCGCUUCACGACGGCCGAGGGGCUGCUGCGCGCGACGUCACAGCAGCUCGCCGACGCGCCGGGCGCCACGGGCGACGCGCCCGGCCUCUGCCCCGGCGGGAUAGACAGUUUCAUAGCGAAAAUGGAAGAAGUGCUGGACUGCAAGCGACCGGUGACCAUUAUUCUGGACGACCCGGCCGGCAACUCAUACGUGCAAAGCCUUGAAGAAGACCAGCCCGACUCAGGUUUGAAAAUCGUACAUUACGAGCGCUCGCACGAACAGAACGAGGAACUCGGCCUCAACGAUAUGAAGACAGAAGGAUACGAGAACAGUUAGACUUGGCGUAUCAAAUCAUUAAUAAAAUAAUAUUGUCUUCGGUUACCGCGAUAGUUACUCAUGAAAUAA